AUGAUCAAGGUUCUGCAAAUCAAUUCCGUAAUUGUUGAUGUGGACUCCGAUGGGAACGUCGUGGUUCUGAGCGGUGGUGGUGCCGAGGCCGCCUCCUCCGCCGCCGAUCUCGAGGACUGCUUCCUUCGGACGAGAUCUGAAACCAAGCUCGACAACCUCUACUGUCCGCCACUUGCCGCCGUCCCGUCAAUGUCAGUUCGAUGUGAAUUCGGCCGUGAAGUACCCCGUCGGCCCUUCUCCGACAACCACGCGCCGCCUGACCUCGCCAAUGUAGGAGCAGAUGGGCUCGGUUUUGUCUUCCCUGAGAGCUCGCAGACCUACACUUAUCGCCGCCGUCUCGUUCGCGACAUCCGUCCGCCGCCGCCGUCACCGUCGCGGCCCCAUUCCGCCAUCCGACCACCGAGACGAGACAUCCAGGGAUGUUUUGGGGGGACCAGGCGGCAGAGAGAGGUUGUUGUCGGAGAGUUUGAGGCGAAUGAGGCUGCCUGGGGAUGGGAGCUCGGGCGGGAUCUCACAGGUGAAGCAACGAGCUUCAUGUAUUUUGGUGAGCGGGAGAUAUUGUCGGUGAUGGCGGAGAUCGAGGAGGAUGAGUUGGUCGAAGGUGGAGAUCGAACCGAGGUAGGAGAGGGAGAGAGGAUGACGGCGGUCGGAGCUACUGACACCAGACCAGCGCUUCGCAGGCGGCGGGGCUGCGGUAGAGGAGGAGAAGACGUCCAUUUCACGCCCAAAUUCCGGCCACCGGACCUUCGCCGCGCAGCCGCCUUCCGCUUGUACCUGCAUAUCCUCCGCCGCCCGCUACAACACUCCGCCGCCAUCUCUCACCACCUCACUGUCUUUCUACCUUCACAUUACCAGCCCUCGCCAGACCACCCGAAACACACGUCGACCUCCGUCGUAUCGCCGCCAGACCACCAUGAGCACCGUCCGCCGUUCGCCGUGACUAGCCACGCUCAAAUUGGACGGUGGGACGAGACAGCGGCGGUGGUCAGAUGGCGGAUCUGGGCGGCAGCGGCUGUCGGAUGUCGCGAACGGGACGGAGGCGAUAAAUGGACGUCUGCGAUUCUCAGGCGGAUGAAACGGAGCCCAUCUGCUCCUAAAUUAGCGAGGUCAGCGGCGGGCGGUGGUGGGAGAAGUCCCGACGAGAGGCGGCCGUCGUCGAGCUCGGCGGCGGAGGAGGCUGUUUCGGCUGAUGAGAGUGCUGCGGGUACAAUAUCUAUUGAGCCUUUAUUUGUAAAAUUUCCGGUGACCACCCGAUUCACCCGGCAGCCUUGGAGGUGCCCGACGGCGACCACCCUCUCUCAGCCCACCCCUAGCUGUGUCCAGGCGUGUCCCAGACCGCGCAGCCCGUGCAGAGCCUCGCCGCAGCCCCACGUUCCCGUCGGACCUUGCCCAGCCACGUGCGAUCGCGUCCUAGCUCGCCACCAUACGCAGACGGUGUCCAAAUGCGCUGUCGCGCGACAUUCCGCGCACCGCAUGCGCAGAGGACCUCCGUCCGCGCGAUCCGCGAAGCAGCCUGACGACCCGCGUGCCUCAGACGCGACCCGAGCAGGAUCCGCAAAGACUUCGUGCUUUCUGCGUGCAGCCCGACAACCUGCGAUCAAGUUAGUGCGUACGCGUGAGAGCCACCCGCGAGCGUGCCCAGUAGCCUGCGUUCGUGCGAGCCUCGACCCUGCGCGCGUGAUCUCGAGCCCGACGAGUCAACCCUCUACAAUAGCAAUCAGAUCAGGCCCGAACUAG